AUGUCGCCGCCCUAUGAGUCGUCCCGCCGUCGCGGGGUAUGGAACCACUGGGUGCCCCUCGCCGUGACCGUGACGGUUGCGACAGCCGGGGUUGCCGCCUGGAUCUGGAGCCUGCGCAAAGAUGAAGACAACCAAGAGACCGAGCAGCCCGCCGAUCUUCAGGACCUCGAUUACGAUAACGCUGACUAUGGCGACAAUCCCGCCUACGGCGCAUCCCGAGACGGGGGCGCCGGCGGCACCGGCCCCAAGACCCCCACCUUCGGCGGCGUGCAGCCGCAGCCAGAGUCGUCCAGCUCUGGCUGGGCGGCAUUGCGCCGUAGCCCGAGCCCCCAACAGUUUUUUGACAACGCGAGGAGGACGGUCGCUGCCGGUGUGACCGCUGCCGGCGCGGUUGUGGGAAGCGCGUUGGCAGCGAUUAGGGAGGAGGACAAGUCGGCAUAUGCCGACCACGAGACCUGGUCGGAGGAAGCGGAUGCCAAGCAGGACAGGGCUGCCGCGCCGUCUCAGAGCAAGGAUGUCAACAAGCGCCGGAAAAAGGUUGCCAUUGUCAUUUCGGCUGACAACCGCUUGGAUGAUAUCGAUGCCGAUGGGUUUCACGAGCAUGCUUCCAUUCUGUCACACAUCCCCCGCCAACUGGACUUCUCUGCGAUCAAGCUUUAUGUGCUCAUCUACGCACCGAACUUGAAGGAUAGCAACCCGGAUGCGACCAGCGCCCUGCCUCCCCCGUCGCUAAGCUCGUCUUUUUCCAACAUUGAACAUGCCCAAGCACAAGCGUCUGAGGAAGCCCGGAGCCCCUUAAUCGGACAGCUAAUUGUUUCUUUCACGUCGCCCAAUGGCCACUCGCACAUCCUGCGCCACAUGCAGCCCGAAAUCAUCUACCUCCAGGAGUCGCUCUCCGGCGACAACGGCAGUACCGUCACCAAUAUGCAGACUUGGCUUCGGCAUGACGUCAUUCUGGUGGUGGGCGCCGAGAGCGGCCAUGGUGGGCUCGCGGAUAGCGAGUCAGAGGCUGAGAAGCCGGGCAAGGAGAAGGAAGUGUGGUGGCAUAGAGAGGACCGUAUCGGGAGGGGCCGCGGGGUGGUGGUCGUGGACGGAACGAGGGUCCAGGAUGACUGGGCACGGCGGGUGUUGGGCAAGGAAUAA